GUGGCGACGCCGUGCCGCCGUGAGCCAGUGGUAGUGGGGCAGGUGCCGGCGGGACGCGCCGUCGGAGACUGUCACGGGAGGCGAAGAGGUGCCAGUCGCCAUGCCGCUCGCGCUGGUGUCGGCGCGGCUUGUCCUGCUGCUGCUUUCCUGGAAUCUGCCGGCUAAUGGCCAGCCGGAGGUGCCACAGGACGGCAGACUGCAAAACAAUGAAGAGAAGAAGCUGAUGGACUUCAUCGUGCGAGGCUACGACCCGGACGUGCGGCCACUGCUGAACGCCUCGCACUCCAUCAGCAUCCAGCUGGGCAUCACGCUCACGCAGAUCUUCGACAUGGUCGGCGCCGGCCUGCUGGCUCCGCCCGGGCAGCCGACGCCCGCACCCCUGCCCGUGGCCGAGAGUCGUCCGCCGCUCACUCAGGGGUUGUACGACGCUUACGCAGGUGGUAAGUCCGCGUCCCUGCCCGUGGCCGAGAGUCGACCGCCGCUCACUCAGGGGCUGCGCGACACGUCUGCGCUGUCGGAGCCGCCGGUCGGCCCGGCGCGAUGA